AUGGCAGAAGAGAACACCACCACAAUGAACCUGGACCUCAAUUUGGGGCCCGUCGACCACUCGAGCGAGGAUAGCGAGCCUUCCCCUGGUCCUUACGCGAACGUGCCCAUGAACUUGGAAGAGUGGCUGGACAGCCCUGUCCGAGUCAGAGAAGUCCGCAAUCACCGCUGGCGGUCUUUGUGGCGGCAAAUCCCUAUCCCACGCGAGAAUAGAAACCUCGGUGGUCCUCCUGAGGCUGGUGAGGGCAGUGCCGCCUCAGAUGGGCGGCCGGCUGACGAGGCCAAGGUGUGCGAAACUGCCGCCGGUUACAUAUCAGUUGGCGUUGAUGAUAAAAAGAAAGAUGGUGGCAAGAAUAACACGGACGAAGGCAGUUUUUUUGACUGCAACAUAUGCUUGGAUUUGGCCAAGGACCCGGUUGUCACUUGCUGCGGCCAUUUGUUUUGCUGGCCCUGUCUCUACCGUUGGCUGCACCACCACUCGGAUGCCAAGGAAUGCCCCGUCUGCAAAGGCGAGGUCACCAUGAAAAACGUGACUCCGAUUUACGGCCGUGGCAAUACGAACUCGACCGGUAGUACUAAUGCUUGCACUGUUGGGGAGCCCGACUCGGACUCUAGCCUAAAGAUUCCUCUGAGACCGCAGGCCCGGAGAGUUGAGAGCUGGCGGCAGGCCAUCCAGCGCUCGGCUUUCACCAUCCCCAUGGAGGAGAUGAUCCGGCGGCUCGGGAGCACAUUUGACCUCAGUCGUGAGCUUCCGAGUGCACAUUCCCGGAGCCCCGGUGGGACCCGCGAGUCGCCCGACGUGGCCAUCCACAGCGGUACCAACCUUCUCAACCGGAUCCUGACUUCGAGGGGGAUGCGGAGGGAGCGGGCCCCACUGAUGGUGGCGCCGGAUGAUGUCAUCGACUUGACCGAAAACUACGACGCGAGGGACGCUGCUGCUGCUAACAAUAACGGCCACAAUCAUAAUAAUAUCAGUAUCGUUAUCAAUAAUAAUAACGGCAAUAAUAUUACCGGCCGUCGGAUAGCGCCGCAUUUGCUCCGGCGGUCGAGCUCUCACAGGGCGGCCUCACUGUCCAACCUGGCGGCAGCCCUGCCGUCGGCCGAGAGCCUGGCAGCGGUGGAGUCGUAUUUCAACAGCGGCCAUGUGGAGAGGAAUCAGGAGCUGCCGCCGCCGGUGGAUGAUCGAGACUCGGUCUCAAGUAUUGCUGCCGUUAUACAUUCGGAGAGCCAAACGGUGGACAAUGCCAUCGAGAUCGACUCGAGGGUGUCGCUCUCGACAUCAUCUUCUAGAAGGCGGCCCGACGCUUCUAGAAUCUCUGACGUGGACAGUGGGGAUUCGCGUGCCCCGAGGAGGAGGAGGUUGAACUGA